GCUGUGACUUUGUCGCUUUUAUUCUCCUGUGCUUGCUCCUGCUAGUCUAUCAGGUCUGACUGGACUGCGAUUCGAACCGCUUCGAGAUAUCAGUGCCUAUGCCUUUACGUUUCGGUGUCACUUAAGAUUUGCGUACAAGUUUCCAUCGGUCCCCGUCGCCUCUUUUGGCUCCCUUCGUUUAAUCGAUCGGCAUCUGGUAUCUAUGUGAAGUGGUACUAAAGGAAAGCCGCACGGCGCUAUCGAUACUGGUUGGCAGAAUGCUUGGGAGUUGCAGUUUUGGGGGCUGAAUCUGGGGCUUGCUGAUGACCAUAUCUGAAGACUGGGACGGAUCUAUUGCGGUCAAGGGCGACGGGUAGAUCUGAUUGAACAGCCUGAUAUGGCUUCAGCCAUCAGCGACCAUGUCUCUGCACCGUCGGACCUGGAUCUUUCACUGGACUUGACAGCAGCCAGACAACUUACCGACAUACUGGAGUUCGAUCUUGAUGCAAACAGUCCAGCUGUUACAACCGAGGCCAAUACCCAAGGCACGAGCCCGUCGGAUGAGGGGGGUGUCUCGACUCCAAACAGCACAUCCUUGGAAACACCGCGCCCAUCGGUUGCCAAGCGCAAAGGCAAGGUCUUGGUUACAAAGCCCAGGAGGGUUCGAACAGGCUGUUUAACAUGUCGGGAACGCCAUCUGAAGUGCGAUGAGGCUUUGCACCGAUGUCAGAACUGCCGGAAGUCGGGCAGAGUAUGCAGGCGCGGAAUCCGCCUAAACUUCAUAGAUAUCCAGGAAUCGACACCGCCGCACUGCGUAGUUCGUAUACCAGCGAGUGGCGUGACAUUUCGGGAUGAGUCGCGACUUAUAGCGUCGGAGUACGUGGGCGGGAUUGAGAGAUAUCCUCCCUUGGUUGUGGACUCUUCAUUGGAGAAGGGAACUGCGACAGGGUCUUUGACCUCUAACCCCACACAGAAACCUUCCUUUGGACAAGGUUUUGGGAAUCCCCAGUCUGGGGGCUUGGGUGCAUUCAAUGGCCUGUCGCCUCUGGCAAAUAAACCACCGUUCUAUGACCCAACCGCGUCGUUUGCCCCUUUCAGGUCGACGAAACAGGGCCAUAUCAAUGCUACGAACCAUAUGUGUUUGAACAACCCAGAAGAGGUUUACCUGCUACAGGUCUUCGUCGAAGAGGUUGGGUUGUGGAUGGAUUCCAUGGAUGCAGUAAAGCAUUUCACACAUAUACUGCCAUUUCACGCAUUAGAGGAACCCAUGCUUCUUAAAGCUCUCCUGUCAUGCGGCGCCAGACACCUUUUUCAUGUGGAUGCCUCGUAUGGCGAGGAAAAGGCCGCGGAUUUUCACAAUGUCGCCUCGCAAUAUCUUCUCCACUCACUACAAGACCCUGACCGUGACUCUGCCCUGUGCGCAACCACGGCGAUUCUGCUAAACAUAUAUGAGUUGAUGUCUGGUAGACCGAUCCAGGGUAUGAGUCACAUUGCUGGUGCAAGAGCUUUGAUCAAGGAGUGUCACUGGAAUGCAAAAACACCGGGUCUUGGGGGUGCUUGUUUCUGGCUGAAUGUAAGCAUGGAAUUACUUAGCUGUCUGCACUUCAAUUGGACACUCUCUUGGGAUCCGGACACAUGGGGCGUUGAAUUGGAUCUGAAUCAUGCACAGCCUAGUGUUGCAGGCAACGAAGAAGCAUGGACGCACCAGAUGGUCUUCAUCUGCGCCAAGAUUGCAAACUUCAGAUCUUUAGCUCAGCCGUCAACACUAGAGGCGUCAGCCAGUGACCUGCGGAUCAGCCAGCGCUAUCAGGAAUGGUGUACUUACAAUGACUGGUGCGAUCGGUGGGCUAGAGCUGUACCUCGGUCCAUGAUGCCUCUCGGCUAUCUUCAUUCAUGGCAAACUAAUUCGAAAUCCGUUUUUCCAGAGAUAUGGCUCAUCAAGCGUUCUACAAUCAUCGCUCGAUUGUUGUACCACACCGCACGAAUUCUGCUAACGAAGACGAAUCCAGUCGAAUCAGAGUUCAGUGCCGAGAUGCAGACCAUGCAGCAAAGCCAUGCACGAGACAUCUGCGGCCUCGUAGCACACUCCAGGGAUCGCGGAGUCGCUAGUCUAUCCAUCCGGUUCCUCGCCAUUGCGGCCGAAUGUCUCGCGACCAGGGAAGCUCAACAAGAAGCUUUGGAGAUACUCGAAGGUAUCAUCAAGCAAACCGGCUGGAAAGCCGAACACGUGAAAAAGGAACUCCAGGAAGCAUGGGGCUGGAGUGAUCCUCACGGUCCCCCAAUGCAUAUGUCUGAAGAUAUUCUGGCAUUGUUCAACGGCGACCAUUCCCUAGACGCAGGUCAUGCGCCUGCUCGUCCGAAAAUGCCAGCUGGAGUGAUUAAUCCAGUCAUGGCUAGUGCGGACUUUUCGAUGGAGAAUCAUCCAUAUCGGGACUAUUAUGUUGCCCCACAUCGUUCUCUCAAUCAGUAUCCUUACGGAGGGUUUUAGAAUGGUGGCAUUUAUCGCUGGCGUUGACGGGAGUUGAUUGUAUGGCGUGUGUCGGGAGAAAUUGUUUUUUUAGAUACCACUAGAGUUGUCGUUCUUUUGUAUUGUGUAUCAUCAAUGAUGUACUGAUAUAAACAAUAUACUGUGAAGUUAAACUCCAG